AUGGAUGAUUCAAGAUUUAUUGCUCGUAUGGAUCCUGCUCUGUUAGUAAGACAUGGUGAAUACAUUGAUGGUGUAUUUGUGAUUGAUGAUGCUGCUCCGUUUCCCACAAAUCCGAGAAAUUCUUCUCAGGGUUCAAGAAUUACUUUUGGAAAUCAUAAUAACUACUCAAGGAGAAGUGAUGAAAUGAAUGACAUAAUGGUCACAAUGCGAAACCGUGAACGCAACUUUGGUAGUCGUGUCAGGGGACAACCAUUUGAUUAUAGAGCGUUGAAGAAAAGAAGUCAUUGUGGUAAUAAGAUUGAAGAGAUAUGUUCCAUAUGUUUAUCUGAAUAUGUAAAUGGCGACACAAUUGGUACGCUCCAUUGUCGACACGAAUAUCACGCAACUUGCAUAGAGGAAUGGCUGCAAAGGGGCAAGAAGAAUUGUCCAAUUUGUAGAUCUUCUGUUUUGCCGCACACACAAUCUUAA